AUGGCACUGGCAUCUGUGUGGCUUCUGGUGAAGCCUCGAAACUUCAUGGUGUUAUGGUCAACAUGCCGCACAACUGUGUUCAAAUCUGUCACCAAUAGGUUCAUUAAAAACCUGGCCUGCUCGGGAAUUUGCGCCAGCCUGUUCUGCGUGCCCUUUGACAUUGUCCUCAGCACCAGCCCUCACUGUUGCUGGUGGAUCCACACCAUACACUUCUGCAAGGUCGUCAAGUUUCUGCACAAAGUCUUCUGCUCUGUAACUAUCCUGAGCUUCCCGGCCAUUGCCUUAGACAGGUAUUACUCAGUCCUCUACCCUCUGGAGAGAAAAAUAUCUGAUGCCAAAUCCCGGGAACUGGUGAUGUACAUCUGGGCCCAUGCAGUGGUGGCCAGCGUCCCUGUGUUUGCAGUCACCAAUGUAGCUGACAUCUACGCCAUGUCCACCUGCACGGAAGUCUGGAGCAACUCCUUGGGUCACCUGGUGUAUGUGCUGAUCUAUAACAUCACCACGGUCAUUGUGCCUGUGGCUGUGGUGUUCCUUUUCCUGAUCCUCAUCCGCAGGGCGCUGAGCGCCAGCCAGAAGAAGAAGGUCAUCAUAGCAGCGCUGCGGACCCCGCAGAGCACCAUUUCCAUCCCCUACGCCUCCCAGCGGGAGGCGGAGCUACAUGCCACCCUGCUGUCCAUGGUCAUGGUGUUCAGCCUGUGCAGUGUGCCCUACGCCACCCUGGUCGUGUACCAGACUGUGCUCAACGAACCCGACACGUCCGUCUUCUUGCUGCUCACGGCCAUCUGGCUGCCCAAAGUCUCUCUGCUGGCCAACCCUGUGCUCUUCCUAACUGUGAACAAGUCUGUCCGCAAGUGCUUGGUGGGAACCCUGGUGCAGCUGCACCACCGGUACAGUCGCCGAAACGUGGUUAGUACUGGGGCUGGGGUGCCCGAGGCCAGCCUAGAGCCCAGCAUGCGCUCAGGCAGCCAGCUCCUUGAGAUGUUCCACAUCGGCCAGCAGCAGAUCUUUAAACCCACAGACGAUGAGGAGGAGAGUGAAGCCAAGUUUCCAGGCCCAGGAGACUCGCAGGCUAAAGAGGGGCUUACUUCCUGCCUGGAAGGAGGACCGGCGCCGCAGCGAGCAUCCCCUGCAACACCACCCCUGGGCUCGGCGGACUCCAUAGCCCAGGUGGCCCCAGCCACCCCUGCAGAGCCUGAGACCUUUCCAGAUAAGUAUUCGCUGCAGUUUGGCUUUGGGCCCUUCGAGUUGCCCCCUCAGUGGCUCUCAGAGACACGGCACAGCAAGAAGAGACUGCUCCCCCCCUUGGGCAAUACCCCUGAAGAGCUGAUCCAGACGAAGGUGCCCAAGAUCGGCCGGGUGGAGCGGAAGAUGAGCAGACACAACAAAGUGAGCAUUUUCCCAAAGGUGGAUUCCUAAAUCCUUCAUGCUGGCUUUGGAGCUGAAUGGUCUCUCACUCAACACACUGCAGUGGGACAGGGCUUCUGAAUGGAAGGGAAAGCUGUGUCAAAUCGGAGGCCCCCUUUACUGAGGGGGUGUAUGCAUUUAUCAUGGCCGUCCUCAUCCGUGCUCUUUGUGAGGUGUGACCUGGGCCCUUGGAACAGGUCCUGGGUGGGUAUUUCCUUGUGCAUUGGGGGGGGUUCCUCAUUUUCCUGGGCUCAGCAGAGAACACAGGUAAAAGAGGGUCUGAUAGCUCAUAGGGAGCAAGACACUCCUAAAAAUUCUAGAUACGUAUAGUGUGCAGUGGCUACAAAUAAGACACCUACUAGGGUAACUAGAAGUACUGGCCCCAGGAGAAGGGGGUGAGGGCACUCCUCCUGGCUUCCUGAGGGGCGCCAUUGCCUGGCUCGCUCCUUCCCCACCCCUCUCUUCCCUUUCUCUAGGAUAUAACUAGGACAGCUCUCUCCCCCUGUCCUUGUGCCUAUGGACUGGGGCUGAGGGAGACCUUUAUCUUUGCUUCUCUUGACUAUCAAGUCACCAUCUCCCCUCCUUGCCCAGCGUCCAUCAGUGUUGGCUGGAAAACACUGCACGCUUUCCUUGUUUUCCCAGUAAAUAAGUGAGAAGCUUAGAAGUGGAGCAGGCUAAGAAUUGCCCAUGGCCCUAGGCUUUUCUUUCACACAUGGUUCUUUAUGAAAGGUGCCAAAAAAAAAGUGACACUCAUAAAGCAUAAAGUAUAUUGGAAAUAUUUGGAGGAACACUUUUGUAAUUCAAAGGUAGCUAAAAACAUGCAAGGUUGGGAUAGAUAAGUUGGGUCUUUUGGAAAUAGAAAAGAUGAUUCCCAGCCAGGUGCCAGUGGCUCACACCUACAGUCUUAGC